CGCGCGCGGCGCCCGCGCGAAGACGAUGUGCGUCGACCCCAAGCACAAGUCGUGGACCCCGAGGGAGCUCGCCAAAGCCCCGCCCGAGCGCGUGCUGAUCGCGAUCGACGGGCGCGUGCACGACUGCGCGGGAUGGCUGCGACGGCAUCCGGGCGGGGCGGCGCUGCUGAGGACGUACGCCGGGCGAGACGCGAGCGACGUGUUCGCCGCGUUUCACGGGCCGGAGGUGUACAAGACGCUCAAGGCGUUUGACGUCGGGUGCGUCGUCGAGGAGCCGGUCGUGGAGAACCCCGGGUUGGACGGCGCGCUGACCGGGGCGUACGCCAGGGCGCGGAGGAAGGAGACCGCGGCAUUCAGAAAACUCCGCGAGGAGCUGUGGCGCGAGGGCGCGUUCGAGCGGAGCGUGGGCGCGAUCGCCGUGACGGUGGCGAGACUGUUGAUCAUCCUCGCGUUGGCGAUGUGGUUCACGCUGCGGCGGACCGAGUGGGUGACGACAUCGCGCGCGGCGGGCGCCGUCUUUCUGGGCCUGUUCUGGCAGCAAUCUCUGCUCCUGGCGCACGACUGCUGCCACCGGUGUCUGACCAGGAACACCGCGGUGGACAAGCGCUUGGGAUACGUCUUCGGCACCCUGAUCGGCGGCGUGGGCGCGGGAUGGUGGAACAUGGAGCACUGCGAGCACCACGCCGUGACGCAGGUCAUCGACGGCGACCCGUCCGCGGGGUCCCAUCCCGUGCUCUGUCCGCACACCAGCAUGAUCGACAAGUUGGGCCCGAUCCUUCGCGCGGUGGUGAACUUCCAGGCGCUGUACUACGUCCCGAUAUGCGUCUUCGUGGGACGGGUUAACCUGCACAUCAUAUCCAUCCUCAAGGCGCCGACGAAGGACAAGCUCACGGACUUGUGCCUCAUGGCGGGCUACGCCGCGUACAACGCGCUCAUCCUGCAGUCGGUGGAACCGAGUGCGAGGGCGACGUAUUUCGUCAUCUCCAACACGGUGUGUGGGGUGUUGCACCUGGUGCUGAACAUGAACCACUACCCGAUGCCGAUGUUGUCCUUCGACACCGCGAUGGACCUCGGGUUCUUCCGGUUCCAGUGCGUCACGACGCUCAACAUCGCGUCGAACGGGUGGACGUCUUGGUACUACGGCGGGCUCGAGAACCAGAUCGAGCACCACCUGUUUCCGCUCAUGCCCAGGCAUUACCUCCCGAAGAUCACGCAACGGGUGAAGAAACUGUGCGAGGACCACGCGGUGCCGUUCACGGUCGCCGCGGGGUUCUUCGACGCGAACAACAAAGUCAUGAAGACGUUGAACAACGCCACCAGGAACAUCGACGUGGUGCUGAGUCGAAAAGACUCGCACGGGAACGUCUCGACGCCGAGCGAACUUCACGAGGAAUGAGCGCCGAGGAGAGGAGCGCUCAUUCGCUCCGCGUGGUCCGCGCGUGUUGACGCGUCGCGUUUAUUUAAACGACUUGUAUGACAUGUAUCUUGAUCAUUUC